UUCGAGACAGUUGGAAGGGUCCAGGAGGUUCCAGUGCCGCUUCUCCCCGCUUCCAGAAACCAGCAAACUCUCGACAUAAACCCCCAUCCCUCUCUCACUUUCCUGUAUCCAAUUCCAUUCCUCGUUCAAAAUUUACAGUUUCUUUUCCCAUAAUAAUCACUCCUAUUACUAUAUUAUCUUUGUUUGAUCGAUUGGAGAAGAAGGCUUGCUUUUUUUUAUUCAUCAAAAUUCGCUGCUAUUCCUAUAUUAUCUCUGGUGUUGAUUGUUUGAGAAAGAGAAGAAGAAGCUAUGAAUCCGGACAAGUUUACCCACAAGACCAACGAAGCUCUGGCAGGAGCCCAUGAGCUCGCGGUGAAUUCCGGUCAUGCACAGCUCACUCCGCUACAUUUAGCCCUCGCCCUCAUCUCCGAAGCUGGCGGCAUCGUCCGGCAGGCAAUCUCCAAUGCGGGUGGAGGCGAAGAAGCGGCAAACUCAUUUGAACGGGUUCUCAAACAGGCCAUGCGCAAGAUCCCUUCCCAAGAGCCGGCCCCUGAUGAGGUGCCGGCGAGCUCUUCUCUCAUCAAGGCGGUGAGGCGUGCGCAAUCUUCCCAGAAAUCCAAGGGGGAUACGCAUUUGGCGGUCGAUCAAUUGAUUCUCGGACUUCUCGAGGACUCUCAGAUUGGUGAUAUACUGAAAGAGGCCGGUGUGAGUCCGGGACGAGUGAAAGCGGAGGUGGAGAAGCUGAGAGGCAAGGAAGGAAAGAAGGUAGAGAGUGCCUCCGGAGAUACGAAUUUCCAGGCGCUCAAAACGUAUGGGAGGGAUUUGGUAGAGGAGGCAGGGAAGCUUGACCCUGUGAUUGGUAGGGAUGAAGAGAUUAGGAGGGUGAUAAGGAUCCUGUCGAGGAGGACCAAGAACAAUCCGGUGCUCAUCGGGGAGCCUGGUGUCGGAAAGACAGCCGUGGUCGAAGGUCUUGCACAAAGAAUUGUGAGAGGCGAUGUACCGAGCAAUUUAAGUGACGUGAGGGUGGUUGCUCUGGACAUGGGAGCUCUGGUAGCAGGAGCAAAGUACAGAGGUGAAUUUGAGGAGAGACUCAAAUCUGUGCUCAAGGAAGUUGAAGAAGCUGACGGCAAAGUCAUCCUUUUCAUUGAUGAAAUUCAUCUAGUCCUUGGCGCAGGGAGAACUGAGGGCUCAAUGGAUGCUGCCAAUUUGUUUAAGCCCAUGCUCGCUCGUGGGCAGUUGCGGUGCAUUGGAGCGACGACUCUCGAAGAGUACAGGAAAUAUGUUGAGAAAGAUGCUGCGUUCGAGAGGCGAUUCCAGCAGGUUUAUGUGGCUGAACCGAGCGUUGAAGACACUAUCAGCAUCUUGCGAGGCCUCAAGGAGAGAUACGAGAACCAUCAUGGUGUUCGUAUUCAGGACAGGGCCCUGGUCGUCGCUGCACAGCUCUCUAGUAGAUACAUAACUGGGCGCUAUCUUCCAGACAAGGCCAUUGAUCUCGUGGAUGAAGCUUGUGCAAAUGUGAGGGUUCAGUUGGAUAGCCAGCCUGAAGAAAUUGACAAACUUGAGAGGAAGAGGAUUCAGCUUGAAGUAGAGCUACAUGCGCUGGAGAAAGAGAAAGAUAAAGCUAGCAAGGCACGCCUUGUAGAAGUUCGAAAAGAGCUGGAUGAUCUGAGGGAUAAGUUGCAGCCAUUGAUGAUGAAGUACAGAAAGGAAAAGGAGAGAGUGGAUGAGAUCCGUAGGCUGAAACAGAGACGUGAAGAACUCCUUUUCGCUCUACAGGAAGCUGAGCGCCGAAUGGAUCUUGCCCGUGUUGCUGAUAUUCGAUAUGGGGCACUUCAGGAAAUAGACGCUGCCAUUGCAAAGCUUGAAGAGAGCACUGAUGAAAACCCAAUGUUAACGGAGACCGUCGGUCCAGACCAAAUUGCAGAGGUGGUAAGUCGGUGGACGGGGAUACCUGUGACUAGGCUUCGCCAGAAUGAGACAGAGAAGCUGAUAGGGCUGGCGGAUCGGCUACACCAGAGGGUUGUGGGCCAAGACGAAGCAGUGAAUGCAGUGGCAGAGGCAGUCCUAAGGUCGCGAGCUGGCCUCGGCAGGCCGCAGCAGCCAACAGGAUCCUUCCUCUUCCUUGGGCCAACAGGUGUGGGGAAAACAGAACUGGCAAAGGCCCUGGCAGAGCAACUCUUUGAUGAUGCGAAGCUCCUUAUACGCAUUGACAUGUCCGAAUACAUGGAACAACACUCUGUGGCCCGCCUUAUCGGUGCCCCACCUGGUUAUGUCGGCCAUGAGGAAGGGGGCCAACUGACCGAGGCGGUCCGCAGAAGGCCUUACAGUGUGAUCCUGUUUGACGAGGUGGAGAAGGCCCAUAUAUCUGUGUUCAAUGCAUUGCUGCAAGUGCUCGACGAUGGGAGGUUGACUGAUGGGCAAGGUCGGACUGUCGACUUCUGCAACACUGUCAUCAUCAUGACAUCAAAUCUAGGGGCAGAGCACUUACUUGCUGGGUUGUUGGGGCAAGAAACAAUGCAGACUGCUCGUGAGAGGGUGAUGCAAGAAGUGCGAAGGCACUUCAAGCCUGAGCUGCUCAACAGGCUGGAUGAAAUCGUGAUCUUCCAGCCCCUAACCCAUGACCAGCUGCUUAAGGUGGCCAGGCUCCAGAUGACGGAUGUUGCCGCACGUCUGGCCGAGAGGGGAAUUGCUGUGGCAGUGACAGAUGCCGCAUUGGAAGUUGUAUUGGCUGAGGCUUACGAUGCGCUGUAUGGGGCAAGGCCCAUAAGGAGGUGGCUCGAGAAGAAGGUGGUCACACAGUUGUCGAAAAUGCUUGUGAAGGGGGAGAUUGAUGAGAACUCAACCGUUUACAUUGAUGCUGCCGGGAAGGGGAAACGGGAGCUUGUGUAUCGUGUAGAGAAGAACGGUGGUUUGGUGAAUGCAGACACGGGGGCUAAGUCGGACAUCCUAAUUAAGCUAUCCAACGGUAUGCGGAAGAAUGAUACAGAACAGGCAGUGAAGAAGAUGAAGAUGGAUUUGGACGAGGAGGAGGACAUGGAGGACUAAGAAAGCAGAUGACUCCUGUCUGAGGCACAGACAUUACUGUUCCUACUUGGCGCCGGACGCUGCUUUCUGUGCUGUGCAUUCAUCUUCAGCUUCAUCGUUUUCUUUAUUUUUUUUGUUUUGUUGGUUGGUUUUUUGAUGGAUAUUGAGCUACUUUUGCAGCUGUGUUGGUUGUGGCAUGUAACUGUAAGAUAAAUUUGUGACAUGUAACUGUAAGAUAAAACUAUUUAUGUAUGGAUGCUGGAGAUUUUGGUCUUUUAUCGGAGAAUGUUUACUU